AUGGGCAAGGUAGCGCCGUCGUACCGCUGCCGCGAACUGGUCAUACGCCCAGCCGCGGGCCCGGGUUUGACUCCGAUCCAUCACCAAACAGGUCUUUCCACUGGUGAGCCAUUCGAGUCGAACGCUCGACCACUGAGUUGGCUCCGUGACCGUCUCAGCACGCCCGUGGCUCUUGACAAGGCUGUGCUGUGCCGCUCCUUCAGCCUGUCUCGUGUCACGUUGAGGAUAUUCCAACUGCAUUCGAGCGUCCAAUUCUGGUCGCAGAGAUUGGUCCUCGCCAUCUUCAACAACGACAGACUUUGUUGCCCCAGUAAGGCCCAGCGCUUACAGCCCCCCAUGGACACUCCUUCCCAGUUUUUCAACGAAGCGGCAUACGACGAUCCGGGCCGCGACGGAUAUUUCGACACCGAAAGCAUACCCGGCCUCAAGACAGAACCAGGCGUCGACGAUACCACAUUCUUCCUCAACCAACCAAACGAGGUACUGCUGGCGGCACAACUGCAGGCUUCAAAGAGCUCCGCGCAAAAGGACAGCAUCGAACAUCGAAGACGACCCUGCACAACCAAAAUUGGAAACCGACACGAUGAAUCUGAGGAACCGCCGGUCCCAAAGACACACCCGGGGCUCGACAGCCACGGUGGACUCGCAGGCGUCUUCCACACAGCGGUCGACGCCUCCCGCUCUGGUACAGGCGUCGAGCAGAUCGACCGACCCUUCUGCCGAACCUCCUCCAGCGCUUCCGAAAAAGCAGCACAAGCGAAGAAGAGUUCGGCAGCUCGUGCCGUCUACGCAAGACGAUCCCAAGGCGUAGAUAUUUUCUUGCAGAGAAAAUCGAAGUGGACGCGAGCCAAAUGCCGACAGAAGAAAAGGGAGCUCAAGGAUCAGCUCAUGUCGCACGCACCCUGCAACGACCGCAACAUUGACCUCUGGCUCGAGGCUGAAGCGAGGCGGUUUGCGCAGAACUCGAGCAAGAGGUUCAACCCGGCUCACGGGGCCACUUUGCCCUCCGAGCAGCAGCUGCCUCCAGGGGCAAUGACCCUGCCUCCUGACCACUUGGCGGGGCCUCCAACUCAUCUAUCAAUGGGUUCCAUGCCCAUGGAUCCAAAUCUGGCGGCGGUGACCUCUGGCGCUGUGGGAGGCGGGCAUAUCAACUAUGAUCACAUGCCGGACAGCAUCUUCGAAGAUACCUCGUGA